AUGUCUUACCAACUGAGAGACCAAUCCAUUGAAUCGAUUGACACGAUCGCCACGACUGAUCCGUUGCCGGCACCCAUCACCACGUCGUCCACAAUGAGUGCGAACAACACGGGGAACGCCGUCUCUCCCCAACCGGUCGUAAUGGUGACCAACAACGGGGUCCGCGAGCCGGACGGCGACGCCAUUAAGAUGUUUGUCGGACAGAUCCCACGCGAUUGGAGUGAAUCCGAUUGUCGCAGACUUUUCGAGGAGUUCGGCGAAAUCCACUCAAUCAAUGUGUUGCGAGACAAGCAGUCCGGACAGAGUAGGGGCUGUUGUUUCGUGACGUACUACACGCGCCGGUCGGCCCUCCAGGCGCAGGACGCCCUCCACAACGUGAAGACCCUGACAUCGAUGCACCACCCAAUCCAGAUGAAGCCCGCCGACUCCGAGAACAGGAAUGAACGCAAACUCUUCGUCGGCAUGUUGUCCAAGAAGUACACCGAAUCGGACGUACGGCUCAUGUUUGCCGCCUAUGGAAACAUCGAGGAGUGCACUGUCUUGAGGGACACCAACGGCCAGAGCAAAGGCUGUGCUUUUGUCACCUUUUCGACCCGUCAGUGUGCCAUCAAUGCCAUCAAAGCCAUGAAUCACUCGCAAACAAUGGAAGGCUGUUCGUCGCCUCUUGUGGUGAAGUUUGCGGACACACAACGAGAUAAAGACGCGCGAAGGCAGCAGCAGAUACUGAUGCAACAGUUGUGUCACUCAUCGCAGCCCAACCCGGCGGCGGCGACGUUAGCGGCGGCCGCAGCGAACCCCUACCUGGCACUGGCGGCCGCGGCGGCAGCUCAACAGCAACAGGUCCAGCAACAGGCGCAACAGCAACAGAACGCAUUGGCCGCGGCCGCCACUCUCGCCAUUCAGCAACAACUCGUCUCUUCGAUGAACUCGACCCCCGAGUUGUCUCUGGCCGCUGCGGCCGCAACACUGGCCGCCUCUAACCCCAUGAUGUUGGCCGCCCUCUGCGGCAGUGCCACCAAUAACUCGAAUAACCCGACGGGCAGUUCGACGCCUCAGCAACAGCAGCAUCUCAACGGUUCCAGUGAUCUAUACAGCACUUCAGCGAACCAACACCAACAGCACCAGACCUUUUCCAACUUCGGCUUGGGAGGUGCGGGUCAGCAAACUCUGGCCCAGUUGGCAGUACAGGCAGCACAACAGCAGAACAGUCUGGCGCUGUCCCACAACAACGGCACGGGCGGCGGCAAACAGACGGAAGGGCCGGACGGCGCAAACCUUUUCAUAUACCACUUGCCGGCUGAGUUCGGCGACACAGACCUCGCGUCGACGUUCUCUCCAUUCGGAAAUGUAUUGUCGAGUAAAGUAUUUAUAGACAAACAGACAAAUCUGUCGAAAUGUUUCGGAUUCGUGUCGUACGACAACCCCAUCUCAGCACAAGCGGCCAUUCAAGCCAUGAAUGGCUUCCAAAUCGGCACUAAACGACUCAAAGUCCAACUCAAGCGAAGUAAAGAUAAGCCAUAUUAG